AAAUUAUAGAUGUAACUAUUUUUCCUAGGGAAACUAUUAUGUUCGUUUAUUUUUUUACUAUGGUUUAAAUAUAGUGCGCGCGCAUCUGUAUACGCCUACCGCAUGACAGUCUGUCAAAAGUAGUGUUUAGAAGUAUUAAUAUUCACGGUUUAUUAAAUUAAAUUUAUUUAUAAAUUAAUACUUGAUAUCCAUUAUAGUGAAUAUUAGAAAUGACUGCGGAAUUAAAGAAGUUUCUUUAUGGACUUCUAAGUAGUGUAGAGGGACUCCACAGUAUACUGAUAACAGAUAGGGAUGGAGUACCUGUUAUAUCUGUAGCUGAUGAAAAAGCACCAGAAUUAGCUAUGAGAGCAAGUUUCUUAUCUACAUUUGGAAUGGCUACAGAUCAAGGAAGUAAAUUAGGUCUUGGAAAAAAUAAAACUAUUAUCUGCAUGUAUAGUAGUUAUCAGGUGGUUCAAAUGAACAAAUUGCCAUUAGUUAUUAGUUUUAUUGCUAGUCAUAAUUGUAAUACUGGGCACAUUUUAUCUCUAGAAGGUAAAAUCGAUCCAAUCCUGAGCAAUUUAAAAAAUGCAGUAGUGGAAGCCUGAUGGUUACCUGUCGUACAUUAUGGGUGAUAAAUACCAAAAGGUUUACAGUUAAAUUUGGUGAACACUUAUAAUGAACACAGAUAUAAAUAAUCCUAGGGGUUUUAUUACAUUAUUGUUUGUCUAGUUUACAAAAAAUUCAAAUUAUAAUUUUUUAUAUUUAUAUUUCCUUUCAUUAUUGUUUUUAUAUAUUUUAAAUAUUAGAAGGGAAGAAAGUAUCUCAAACAUUUUAUAAUAUAAUAAUGUGAAAUGA